AUGGGCAAAUUCAAGCGCGGCUCGCUGAAUCCGCCAGCCCAACCCCCCGCCGUCGUCGACGGCGGGAACAAUCCUCCGCCGGCGUCAUGCCUCAUCGACCGGGUGGCCUACAUCACCGACGUCACCAACGCGAGCACCGCCACCUGCAACGCCACGGACAACUACAACGGCCGCGCCGUCACCAUCCAGGUCACCUUCGUCGUCGCCGACCCGCCGCAGGUCUCCUACCUGUGCGCCCACUGCAUCGGAUCCCAGUUCGAUUAUGAGCCCGUCCUCGUCGCCACGGAGGGCAGGCUCGCCCUCCUCGCCAUCGAAGUCGGACAGUUUUCGUCCGAUCGCGGGCGCGACCACUACAUCUAUCAUGCCGGCGACGCCAGCAGAGGCAUAAGACCCUUGCUCAGGCGGCUUCCCAAGCCUGAUCCCGUCCCUCAUCACCUGCACCGCUUCUACGACGGCUUUCAUCUCGGCCUCCUCCUGCGGCCCCGUCCCCAACCCCAAGGCGGGAUUUUUCUGCGCCCACACGGCGGUUACCGCGCCGAGGAGGAGGAGGAGGAUGUCUCCUACGUCGUCGCUGGGCUCUUCCGCAAGCAGGAACCAUCAGCAACCGAUCACUUGUUUGACCUUUACCUCUACAACUCCGAUAGCAAGAAGUGGUCAAUCCAGGAGCUCCCCUUGUUGCUGGACCAGCAGCAGCAAGGUGGCGGCUUUGAGUAUCAGAAGUAUGCGACACACAAGGCCAUCUCCAUCGGCGGAGAACACGGCUCAAUGUGCUUCGUCGACCUGUGGCAGGGCAUCUUUCAAUGCAAUGUGCUCGACAGCACCCCAGUGCUCCACUACUAUCCGAUGCCGCCGCCCCUCGAACCCAACCCUGUCACGAGGGUCCAAACUAGCCCACAGGCUUCCCGCAACGUCGCCGUCAUUGACCGAGGCCGCCGCAUCAAGUACGUCCAGCUGCAUCUGCAGGUCACCAUGCACCGACACGGCGGCGUAUGGGGCCGCGUUGUGCCCUCAUACGAUGGCUGGAAGGCAGCCACAUGGAGCAUGGACACUGCUCAUCCUUCUGCAGGCUGGCGCCAGGACAGCGAGGUGGUUCAUGCAUCCGAGGCUGGCAGCACCAUAGACCCGGUGCUUCUCCAACUGCCGCCACAUGAGUUCAACGACGACCAAGGCCUGCCUCUCCCGCAGACCUUUGAGAACCACUACACGAGCCUGCCCGUGAUCAGCUUGCACGACGACGGCAAGGACGUCGUCUACUUCAUGACCAAGGUCAAUUAUUAUCAUAAGGCCGCGUUGGUGAUUGCGGUUGACAUGUCCAACAAGACAGCACGACAAGGCAUGCAGUUCCUCCCAGGGAAAUUAACGGAGAGCGCCUUUGUACACAGCAGGAUCUCCAAAUUUCUCAGUAUGGCUCCAGCUCUAGCUCCAAGACUCAAUUGCAAGAGGAAACCUGAAACGACCUUGGAUGAUGACACUAAUGGAAUGGAUGUACCGAUGAAUGAUACUGUGAUGAUGUAA